AUGGGGGCCACUAGCCAGCUUCGUGCCUUCGUCGCGACUUCAGGAACUCCUGUUGCCGAGUCUGCUGAAAGCUGUACAUCCGAAGAACUGAUUCUGUGCGGAUGCGGUCGAUUGGAUGGUACCGAAAUUUCAGAAGCUGUUUCGACGGCCAUACACUUACGGCAGAAAGAUAUGAAGCCCCUAUUUUAUGCUCCGAACAUUGAGAUUAGUGGCGUAGUCGAUCAUUAUACUAGAAAGACAACAGAUAAUACUACCUGUUCUUCUAGAAAUGCUCUUGUGGAAGCUGCCAGAUUAGCAAGAGCAUGUAUAAAACCUCUGACCGAAUGCGAAGUUUGUACACAUGAUGCUCUUAUUAUACCCGGAGGAUUUGGUGCCGCACGUACUUUGAGUAAUUUUGUCGAAAAAGGUGCAAAUUGCACCGUCUUACCCGACUUGGAAAAGCUUAUAGAAGAUUUUUACUGCGAGAAAAAACCGAUCGGCACUAUAUGCAUAGCUAGUGCGCUUGUCGCUAAAGUGCUAAAAGGCGUCAAAGUUACUCUUGGCAAAGAAUCACCCAAAGAAGACUGGCCAUACGCUGAUGCUAUCAACAAGGUCAAAGAAAUGGGAGCUGAAGUAGAAAUGAAAGAUGUCAAAGGAGUAACACGAUGCAAACAGUUCAACGUUGUUAGUACACCAGCCUGGUUGUAUGAGCCUGCUACUUAUUCAGAUAUUCACGAAGGUAUCGGUAAAUUUGUCACGACACUAAAAAAAUGUAUAAAUAAGUAA